CCACCUUAUUCAUCAUACCUCGAAGCACUUCCACAACAUCCUCACACCCCACAAAGAUGAAGGUCUUCGCACUAGCCGCGACUGCAACUUUUGCCACGCUCUCGGUGGUUCAUUCAGCUGAACAGUCCUCGCUGCACCUUCGUAUCCACAACAAGGGCGGAGCUUGCACAAUCGCUAACGAGUCUCAGUGUGACGGUCAAAGCUGGACCGAGAGCACCUGCUGCGCUGACUCAAACUACGAAUGCCGCUGGUCGGGCGACCGACAGGACAUGAAGCGCUGCCAGAAGAAGCGAAGCAAGGGACAACACCACAAAGAUGUCGAGGACGACAGCGACGAUGACUCCGACUUUGAUAUCGAUAUCGAUACUGACGACGUCGCGAGCGCGUUCGGUAUUCGCCUAGAUGACUACGACGACUCCAGCGACUACGAUGACUACAGUGACUGGUUCGGCGAUGAUGAUAGCAGUGACUCCAAGGACGAUGACAGCAGCGACAGCAAGGACGAAAUAACCAAGCACCGCCGCUGAAAAAUAAGGCUGGGUCGUGCACUAUCACGAACGAGUCCCGUUGUGACGAACACAAUUGGACUGGAAGCACUUGCUGUGCGAAUCGUGACUAAGAGUGGCGUUGGUCCGAAGACUGUGAAACGAUACCUGAAGAAUAGAGGCUAAAGCGAGUGUAACUUCCGUUUCAUGUUGUGCGUAUUUGCAAACAUUCAAUAAAAAAGAACAUAUCAAUUGCACUUUUCA